ACAGUUUCAACAUCAGACGUAACUAAUCGAUCUAAAUUCGCUCAGUCUUACGAAUCAAAUCAACGGAAUGAUUAAAAAUGGCGAAUGACAAGGAUCCACUAAAGCAGCUAAAAGAUCUGACCCUGCUCAAGACUCAGCUGGAGGAGAUCAAGAGGAGAGUAGAGAGGGAGGCGUCUGCUGGAGUCCCUCAGGGCAGCUUUGUAUUGGGAUCUCCGUUUCUGAAGGGUCUUUUGGCCGGCUAUAUGGUGGCCAAGCUCCGGUCCUCGGCCAUCCUGGGAGUGCUGCUGGGAACUGCCACUGGCAUUUACGCCGCUCAGAACUAUCGGGUUCCUAACAUCGAGAGGACUGUUGAAGAGUACAUGAACAGCCUGAAGAAGGGGCCGAAGUAAUUCAAGCUGGUGGAUCAUUUUGGGUU